UUCUGUUCAUCCCCAUCAACCCAAUUGCCACCCUUUGAUCCUAAAAAAUGCAUAGCCCCAGCCAAUUGCCAGUGCACCACACCAACACGCCCGAACACCGCCCAAUCAAGCGCCACCACACAGCGCGCUACUACGUUCACCGUGUCAAGGAGAGCCUCACCACCCGCUUGUCCAAGCUCAUAUGCGCCAUCUUCUUAAGCUUGUUGCUGAUUGUGGGCAUCAUUACGUUUAUUCUCUGGCUCAGUUUACGACCCCACCGGCCCAGGUUUUUUAUCCACGACUUUUCGGUUCCCGGUUUGGGUUUGGAGACCGGGUUCGAGAAUGCCCAGAUUGCGUUCAAUGUCACGGCUCGAAAUUCGAAUUUGAAUAUUGGGAUCUACUACGGUUCGAUUACCGGUUCGGUUUAUUAUAGAGACCAGAAAAUUGGGUCGACGCCGUUGCUGGAUUCGUAUUAUGAGGCGCCGAAGACUACUAAGGUGUUGGCGGCGGUGCUGAGCGGCGCGACGUUGAAUAUCAAUAAUGAACGGUGGAUGGAGUUUAAUAAUGACCGGUCUAAAGGGACCGUGGCUUUCCGGUUGGAGAUUACGUCCACUAUCCGGUUUAGGAUAUCCACGUGGGAUAGUAAGCGCCACGGUAUGCAUGCUAAUUGUGACGUGUCGGUGGGCCCCGAUGGGAUGAUUUUGCCUUCUUCCAGGGAUGUGAGAUGCCCGGUUUAUUUUACCUGAUUUUCAUGACAUAUUUACUAUUGAUUGACCUAACACUUUAAUGUUUUUUUUUUAUUUUUUUAUUUUUAAUUUUAAUUAUUGAAUUUGAGAUUGGGAUUGUAAAUUUGUUGGAUUAAUCAUUGGUUGGUGUGUUUGAGAAGUUUAAUCGUUCAAUAAUUUUAUGAUUUUCAUCGACAAAUCAGAUUGUAAUUUUAUA